CAAAUCAAAACAUACUCAGUGGGAUAUUCGAAUACAAUCUCAUAUAUAUAUAUAAAUCCCCAAUAACACUAGGAAUCUUAUCUCCGGUAAUGAAUCCCAUUUGCAAAAUCGAUAUCAACAAACCCGAGUGCCAGCGUUGGAUGAACGAGGUGUACGACAGGUGUCGACAUCUCCUUCUUAACAAUAAUGCACCGAUCAAGCAGUAUUCCCUGUGGUGGCUCUACGAGACCUCGGCUGUCUACAAGGACAUAAACCUAAUGACCGCCAGAGAUUGCCAAAGGCUAAAGCGGGAACUGGACAAAGAACCUGAAGGGGAAGAGGCCGAGGAAGCGGAUUUAACGCUAAUCGUAGGUUUCAUAUUGGGUGCUACUGCCAUCGUAGUCCUUCUACUUAUUUGGCUCUGCAUAAAACGACAACGAUCCAAGCCGACACAAACCAGUGUAGCGAGUGGCCCGAUACCCGAAGUCAAAACUAAGGAUGGAGAUCUCGAAAAGCAAAAGGGUCCCCAAGAAAUAUCUGAAAAAUGCAAGAAAAGGAGCCUAAACAUAAGGAAGUGGUUGCGCCGGCAGUUUCGUCCCUGCAUGUUGCAUAGCGAGAACCAGAUCAAAGAGUUUGAGCUGGCGACCGAGAGACAGGUGGCCACCCACAACGAGCGAAUCAAGUUAAAGAUCGCCUUGUGGACAAAGGCCCAGGAGCGGGAUGCGCAGAGGAAGCUGAAAAGGCAAGAAAAGCAGCGUCAGCAUCAUGCAAGGAAUUAUAAUAGUUUUGUGCCGACAACUUAGUUGAUUCUCCAAGUUGAUAAUACGUUUUUAAUAUAAUUAUAUUCUUUGAUAUUCUCAAA